GGUAGAGGUCUCUUUGCCAAUGGCUCCAUAGACAAAGGGAAACAACUGAUAAAGAUCUCGCACCAGUGCCUGAUGAACUUUUCCACCGUGAUGGCCCAUAUAACGAGCUGGCGAUCUGAUGGCCACGUCGUCAACAAAGCCAAGCUAGCACACUCUCGUGGUGAGGGUGAUUCCAUUACGACGCUCUACGCAAGGAUGGAUAUCGCGCAAUUGCAAUCUCUAUCUUCUUUCCAAAUUGUCACGAUGUUCAUCUACUUGGAGAACCAAAGAGGCUCUAAAUCAUGGUGGUUCCCGUUCAUUGACUCAUUGCCUCCAAUGACGGACUUCCAACAAUCCCCAUUGGUUUGGAAAUUACACGAUGAUGCCCGUGUGAAGUCAUUACCUCGUUCGACGUCCAUUCACUGUGAUAAGAUGUUUGACAGGUUCAACAGAGAUUAUACCACUGUACAAUCCUUUGUACAUGGGCUUGAGAUAGAUAGGGAGGUGUACCUAUGGACAUGGUUCUGUGUCAAUUCUCGUUGUCUAUACAUGGAAAUUCCAGAAGGCCAUGAUAAAGAUGAUAACUUCACAUUGGCACCGUACGUUGAUCUUAUCAAUCAUAGUCCAAGGGAGCAAUGCAUCUUGAAGAUUGACCACACUGGAUUCCAUGUAUUAACUUCAACAACGUACAGUGAAAAUGAGGAGCUGUACUUGUCAUAUGGACCACAUUCUAACGAAUUCCUGCUGUGCGAGUACGGGUUCAUGCUCGAUAUAAAUCCAUGGAACGAUGUCGACAUCACCUCUAAGAUUACACCAAUGUUGGAUAACAUCCAAGUUGACUUCCUCAAGUCAAAGGGCUACUACGGAGACUAUACAAUGACCUUUGAAGACAUAAGUUUCAGAAUCGAAGUUGCCCUUGCGGUGAUCAUUGAGGACGAUAACAAGAUGGAACAGAAUAGAAGGUUGAAUGCCUUGCUGAAUGGUAUCAGCGAUGGCUCGUACUAUAAGAGACGUUCCAGUAAGAUUCUA